AUGGGAAGCAUUUUGGAAAGAUGUUGCACAAAGAAUGAUUACCACGCCCUCAGUGGUGUCUCAGACAACCCCAUCUUCUUCGAUAAUGGAAAGACAAUGGAAGAGGAAAAGGUCGAAGACAGUCUUUACAACAAGAAAUAAGAAAAAGAUCAGGUUCUCUGAUUCUUACUUCAAUAAUUUUCUUGAAAGUAUGGACGCAGAAAAAGCUGACAACUAUUUACAGGUUGAGAAAAUGGGAAGAAGUAAGAGCAUUGUCACUUCUCCCUACCUCAAGAGAAGAAUGAUCAAAGAAAACAUUCGGAAGGUUUACAAAAUUAGGAAAUGAAUAGGCACAGGGCAGUUUGGGUCUGUCAGAUUAGCCUCUCCUUAUUCUAAUCUCAAGGAAAAGUAUGCGAUUAAGAGUAUUCCCAGAGACUCCAAUGAAGAGUAUAUCAAACAACUGGAAAAAGAGCUCAGAAUUCUUAAGGAUGUUGAUCAUCCUAAUAUUAUUAAAUUCCUAGAAACUUAUCAAGACCAAAAAUAUUACCACUUUGUGAUUGAAUAUUGAAGUGGAGGAGAGCUAUUUAACAGAUUGGCUGAACUCGGUUCUUUGUCAGAGACAGUCGCUGCUAGUAUAAUCAAAUAAAUUAGUUUCAGCAAUUGCCCAUCUUCAUGAUAAAGAUAUAUGCCACAGAGACCUGAAGCCAGAAAACAUUUUAUUUACAAGUAAAGAUCCUGAUGCUGAAAUUAAGCUGAUCGAUUUUGGACUUAGCACUUAUGCUAGGAAAGAUAGAAUUAUGAAAUCAAAGGUAGGAACUCCUUUUUAUGUUGCACCAGAAGUUCUAGAAGGAGAAUACCAAAAAUCCUGUGACAUGUGGAGCAUUGGAGUUAUCACUUAUGUCAUCUUAUGAGGAUAUCCUCCUUUCUAUGGGAAAACUGAUGAAGAGAUAUACCAAAAAAUUGAAGCUUUAGAUUAUGAAUUUCCUAUCAAAGACUGGAAGAAGAUAUCUCCUUCUGCAAAAGAUUUUAUUAAUAAACUCCUUCUAAAAGAUCCCUUAAAACGAAUGAAUCCUACCCAAGCGAUGAAGCAUACCUGGUUGAUGCCCUCUGAAAAUGAAAACAUGUUAGAUCUAGAGGUUAUCAACAGACUUAAGAGCUUCCAAGCCCCAAGAAGACUUCAGACUGAAUUUUUGCUUGUGCUUUCCAACUAUAUAAAAGCUGAUGAAGUUGAAAGAAUUAGAAAGACUUUCGAAGCUAUUGAUAUUGAUUACUCUGGAUGGAUCAGUAUGGAGGAAUUAAAAACUGCCCUUGAAGAUACAGAAGGCAGCUCUCAAAUUGAAUCUAUCAUGGACAACAUUGAUUUUGACAAAAAUGGAGAAAUUAACUACAGUGAAUUCUUAGCAGCCACUAUUGACAGGAAAUAUUUUGAAUCGAAGGAAACAGUUCACACAAUUUUCAAACAUUUUGACAUUGAAAACAAAGGUGUCAUAACUCCUGAGUCAUUGAAGAAGUCAUUCCAAAGAGGAAGUAAGAGUUAUACUCAAGAAGAGAUCGAAGACAUGAUUUCAGAGGUAACUGGAAAGAAAGAAAUCAAUCUGAAGGACUUCAAGGAGAUUCUUUCUCAGCCUAUUUAAUCACAGUGAUGAAGAAUUUAUUAAUUCAGUUAUUUCA